GCUGCUGCGGGGCGCUGCCUCCGGCCUCAUGGCCGCCCUCCAGCCCAGUCUGGGAGCACAGUGGUCCUCAGCUCUGGGCUUACUGCUGUUCUUCCUUCUGCAGUGGCCCUCAGCCCAGAUUGCGGCCUCGGUCCAUGGACAUUCAAAGAGUCAGGGGGUCUCCCUCAGCGCUGCCGUGGCUUGUGGACGGCGUCGUGUGCAGGGGAAGAUUAUAGGUGGCUCCCCAGCCCCGGAGAAGAAGUGGCCAUGGCAGGUCAGCGUGCACUAUGCCGGCUUCCACGUCUGCGGUGGCUCGAUCCUCAACGAAUACUGGGUCCUGUCAGCAGCACACUGCUUCAGUGGGAACAAGAGGAUUGAAGCCUAUGACAUAUAUGUGGGCCUCAUUGAUCUCAGUGAAGCUGGCAACCAUACCCAGUGGUAUGAGGUGAACCAGGUGAUCUCACACCCCACCUACCGACAGCACCACCCCGUCGGAGGCGAUGUUGCUUUGGUACAGCUGAAGAGCCGCAUUGACUUUUCUGACUCUGUGCUCCCUGUGUGCCUGGCGCCUCCAAAUGUGAACCUUACCAAUGUUACUUGCUGGGUUACAGGAUGGGGACUAAUCUCACAAAAAGGUGAUAUACCAGAUGAGCUACAGGAGGUCCAGCUUCCCCUGAUCCCAGUGCUUCUUUGCCAGCUGCUUUAUGGACACCCAUCUUUCAUUCUGAAGGACAUGCUGUGUGCUGGAGACAUUGGAAACAGGAAGACCGCAUGUGAGGGUGAUUCUGGGGGACCACUCGUCUGUGAACUCAACCACAUCUGGGUGCAGAUUGGAAUUGUGAGCUGGGGUCGUGGUUGUGCCCAGCCUGUGUAUCCCACAGUGUUUGCCCGAGUCUCCUAUUUCUCAAAUUGGAUACAUAAUAAUGUAGAAACCACACCUAAUCCUCCUCUGCCAGCCCCCGCCUUCUCUCCCACUCUAAGGGCCACUCUUAGUGUCCUUGUGACUAUGCUGGCUGGUCCAUCAGUGUUGUGAGGGAUGAGAAACAACCCCUUACCCCUGACUUCCACAUAGCUACAUACCCUGACUCUGUCUAGUUGCAGCUCCCUCCAUCCCACCUCAGACGCCAGACCUCUGCAUACCU